AUGGCCUUGGAGCUUGAGGACUUAGUUGAAAUAUGGUUGGAAGCUUUCAAUACACUUUCAUUCACGUUCAUGGUGGAUAAGUGGAUCAGGCCCAUUGGUCCAUUUGAAUUCUUCGUCGUGAAGCCUGCGACAACACGGCCAAUAUGGCUUCCAAGAAACUCGCGUGGUUAUAUCCAACAUCUACAUGCGCUGCACACCGCUACAACUUGGACAGGGAGCCUCAAGCUGACAGCGCGUAUGCAGAAAUACACCGUCCAGCCCACAGGAAUCUUCGCAGUCAUCAACAGGCUCUUGGCCAUUGACCCAAAGCGCUCCACGGGUGUUCCUCUGAAUCCACAAUUCCGCAAUCCUCCCCCAGGUGGCCAGGACCCCAACGCCUACGAUGACCCCAUCACUGUACCUGCGGGUGACAUCGCCGAGAAUCCAUAUUGGAAGCGCGAUGUGCGACGGCGAUACCCUAAGCUGUCGACCAUUACCCAGGCCGAUGCCGUAGCUCUCCUACAAGUAGGGAGCGCAGCGGCGCCAAAGCAAGAGUUGAUUGGUGAGGCGGGAUCAAAAGAGCUUGUUGCUGCUCAAGAGGAAGGAUCCAAGGGACUGGCUGUUGCAUUUGAGAAGAACAUGGGCUUGGCCAAGGAUGUAUUAGGUCCUGGUGGUAUGCCCCCCCUACCCAGCGGCAUGCACACGAGCGGGCCAGCGGGAGCCAAAAGAUAUGAGCUGGAGAGCGAUCAGUCCUAUGGCACUGCCUACCCUUGCCGGACAUUUGCAUGA